UCCCCUUCUCCCUUUUCCCUCCUCCCUUUUUCCCCUCCCCUUCUCCCGCUUCCCUCCUCCCCUGCCGGGACCGAAAGGACCUUCCCCGCCCCCCUUGGCUGACGUGCGCGGGGGCCGGCGGUGGUGCCGGCCGGUAGGCCGGCCUCAAGCCUUUAGAAAUAGCAGCAGCCAGCCCGCCUGCUGCUCAGUGCAGCCAGGGAGGGAAAAGCAGAAAGAAGGAAAAGAAGAAGGAAAAGAAGAAGGAAAAGAAGGAAGGAGCCCAUCGACCUGCAGAGACAGAGACGGAGGGGAAAGACAGAGGGGGGAGAAGUUGGCUUGCAACCGGUAGCGAGGUGGGGCUGGACCCGCAGCAGGGCCCGAGGGCCUCCUCCUCCUCCUCCCCGCCCCAUCGCCCUGCUCCCCAGCCGGCCUUUCUCUUUCAAUCGCAGCUUUCCUUGUUGCGGCCGCCCCGCCGUUUUUUUCUCCCCCCUUCUGCCAACAAGGAGGGAGGGAGGAGGAGGAGGACGGGGAGGAGGGGGAGGCCCCGAGACCCCCCUGGAAAGAUGCCCAUGGAGCUGACCCAGAGCCGGAUCCAGAAGCUGUGGAUUCCGAUCGACCACCGGCCGGCUCUGCCCCGCAGAUCCUGCGGGCCACAGCUGACCAAUUCCCCCACGGUGAUAGUUAUGGUCGGGCUGCCCGCCCGAGGAAAGACUUACAUCUCCAAGAAGCUGACCCGCUACCUCAAUUGGAUUGGGGUCCCGACUAAAGUGUUCAACGUGGGAGAAUACCGCCGGGAAGCCGUCAGGCACUACAGCUCCUACAGCUUCUUCCGCCCCGACAAUGAGGAGGCCAUGAAAGUCCGUAGGCAGUGUGCUCUAGCUGCCUUGAGAGAUGUCAAACUGUAUCUGUCAGAGGAAGGCGGCCAGAUUGCGGUUUUUGAUGCUACCAACACUACAAGAGAGAGAAGAGAGUUGAUCGUCAACUUCUCCAAAGAAAAUGACUUCAAGGUGUUCUUCAUUGAAUCCGUGUGUGACGACCCCACUGUCGUGGCCACUAAUGUUAUGGAAGUUAAACUCUCUAGCCCAGAUUAUCGAGGCUGCAACACCACAGAUGCCAUGGAUGACUUCAUGAAGAGAAUCAAUUGCUACCAAGCCAGCUACCAGCCCCUGGACCCAGAUAACUAUGACAGGGAGCUGUCUCUGAUCAAGGUCAUCGACGUCGGUCGACGGUUCCUGGUGAACCGGGUCCAGGAUCACAUCCAGAGCAGAAUCGUCUACUACCUGAUGAAUAUCCACGUCCAACCUCGCACCAUCUACCUGUGUCGUCACGGGGAGAGCGAGUCCAAUCUCAAGGGGCUGAUCGGUGGGGACCUGGGCCUCUCCAGCCGGGGCAAGAAGUUUGCCACUGCCCUGAGCGAGUUCGUGGAGGAACAGAACUUGAAGGACCUUAAGGUAUGGACUAGUCAGCUGAAGAGGACCAUCCAGACGGCUGAAUCCCUCAAGCUGCCCUAUGAGCAGUGGAAGGCUCUCAAUGAGAUCGAUGCGGGUGUGUGCGAAGAAAUGACUUACGACGAAAUCAAGGAGAAAUACCCCGAGGAGUUUGCUCUGCGUGAUCAAGACAAGUACUAUUACCGAUAUCCAACAGGGGAGUCCUACCAGGACCUUGUUCAGCGCCUGGAGCCAGUCAUCAUGGAAUUGGAGAGGCAGGAGAACGUCUUGGUCAUUUGCCACCAGGCAGUCAUGCGCUGCCUCCUUGCUUACUUCCUGGACAAGAGUGCAGAUGAGAUGCCUUACCUGAAGUGCCCCCUCCACACAGUGUUGAAGCUGACACCUGUCGCCUAUGGCUGUCGUGUGGAAUCCAUCUGUUUGAACGUGGAAGCCGUGAACACGCAUCGCGAGAGGACUGAGGAAGCAAAGAAGGGACCUAAUCCGCUCAUGAGACGCAAUAGUGUUACCCCGCUAGCCAGCCCCGAGCCCACCAAAAAGCCUCGCAUCAACAGCUUUGAGGAGCAUAUGGCUUCCACCUCUGCCGCCCUGCCCAGCUGCCUGCCCCAGGAGGUGCCCACCCAGCUGGCCGGACAACCUUUACUAGGGAAAGCUUGUCUAACAUGAAUGACUCCCAGAAGCCAUCGUGAUUUCCUCAGGGGCACCGAAGCAAGCAAAACCUGUUCCAUUCCAUUUCCAUUUCUGAAGCUUGGCUCACGCUCCUCCUCCCAACCUGAGGCCAGAACCCACCUAAACCCCAAGGCCAAAACCCCAGCUGUUGCUUCCGUACCCCAAAAUGGAUUUAAUUCCACCUGCAAAUGCUGUUCCAUCUGCAAAAUCUUGGGUUGGGGAUGUGGGGUAGGGUUUGCACAAGGGGUGCUUACCAGGUGGUAGAAAUCAAAUCUUCCAGUCACCCUCCUGGGGAGGCUCCAGAGCCUACAGGGCAGAGUCCACUUCUGUAUGUGUCUCCUGUCUUUCCCUCAUCCCGAUUCUUCUCCAGGAUGGUGCCUGGCUUGGGCCUCUGAGGGGUGUCAAA